ACUUGGCUGCGCUGUGAUUGGCUGACGGAUCUGUCCGUCACGGUGUCCUUGCCGCCCACUUUGAGAAGGAGUGCACUCUUCGUUUGUUGAUGUCACUUGAGCGUUGAUUUUACUUAAACUCACAGGUGGUGUGUUUCGGCUGCCUGAUGCUUGGGCCGGGGCAGGCCGUCGGUGGAAACAUGACUGUUGAGUAACGCAGAGCUACUUUCUCCGCUCAGUAUGAACAGCGAGGACGAGUUUUACGACGCGGAGACAGGGCUGGAGUCCGACGACUCCCUCGAGGUCAGCUUUAAAGACGCGCUGGUGACAGAGGGCAGCGCCAAACAGGAGAAUGGAGUCUGGAAGCGCAGGAAAACCCUGCCUGCUGAAAUGAUCUCCAGAAACAAUUUCAGUGUGUGGAGUAUACUGAAGAAAUGCAUUGGCAUGGAGCUGUCUAAAAUAGCGAUGCCAGUUGUGUUUAACGAGCCGCUGAGCUUCCUUCAGAGAAUCUCGGAGUACAUGGAGCACACUCACCUCAUCCACAAAGCCUGCAGUUUGUCUGACUCAAUAGAACGAAUGCAGGUCGUUGCCGCGUUUGCUGUUUCGGCCGUAGCAUCUCAAUGGGAAAGGACUGGAAAGCCAUUUAAUCCUUUACUCGGGGAGACAUAUGAACUCACAAGAGAGGACGAGGGCUACAGAUUGAUUUCGGAGCAGGUGAGCCACCACCCCCCUGUCAGUGCCUUCCAUGUCCAGUCCCUGAAGCAAGAGUUUGAAUUUCACGGCUCCAUUUACCCAAAACUCAAGUUCUGGGGCAAAAGUGUGGAGGCCGAGCCCAAAGGCACCAUGACGCUGGAGCUACUGAAGCAUAAAGAAGUGUACACAUGGACAAACCCGAUGUGUUGUGUGCAUAACAUCAUACUGGGAAAACUCUGGAUUGAACAAUAUGGAACAGUGGAGAUAGUCAACCACAGCACUAGGGAUAAGUGUGUGUUGAACUUCAAACCGUGUGGAAUGUUUGGGAAAGAGCUGCACAAAGUCGAGGGUCAUAUCCAAGACAAAAGUAAGAAGAAGCACAAAGUGAUUUAUGGAAAGUGGACAGAGUGCAUGUACAGCGUGGACCCCAAGGUUUACGACGCAUUCAAGAAGGCGGAAAAGAAGACCGGCGCAGACUCAAAAAAGCCCAAACAGGAACGUGGUUGUGAAUCUGAGGAGGCGGAUGAGAUGCCAGAAGCUCAAGAGACUGUGACCGUGAUCCCAGGAAGUGCCUUACUGUGGAGGAUAACGCCGCGGCCGGCUAACUCAGCACAGAUGUAUAACUUCACCAGCUUUGCCAUGACACUAAACGAACUGGAGCCAGACAUGGAGAGACUUCUGCCCCCCACAGACUGCCGGCUAAGGCCCGAUAUCAGAGCCAUGGAGAACGGAGACACGGACUUAUCGAGUACAGAGAAAGAGCGUUUAGAGGACAAACAGCGGGCCUCACGCAGGGAACGCUCCGAGGAGGAGGAGGAGUGGUCAACGAGGUGGUUUCAGCUGGGAGCAAACCCUCAUACUGGAGCUGAGGAUUGGCUAUACACAGGCGGCUAUUUUGACAGGAAUUACACUGACUGUCCCAACAUUUAUUGACCCGGGAGGAGGCGUUCAGUUACACAGGUACUGUGGCUUUGUUCAGAUCCAUGAAAACCUGAUAUCCAAAUCAGAUUAGUACGGACCACAGGAGAAAUGUUACGUAAAGAAUUGUAGGGUUUUUAGAGUAAAUGUUGACAUCUUUAUGAGCCCCAAUCAUGACAAAACGAGUCCGUGUAUGUUUCUGACCUGUGUGGGUUGGUAAAGCAGUCACCUGUUUGUGUGUGUGUGUGUGUGUGUGUGUGUGUGUCACAUGGGUUUGACGAUGCUGUUGCAGGACACAAAACGAGAGGCUGUAUUCUCAGUUUUAGUUUAGGGACUCAACUGUAAUCUUACCUGUAGACGUAAAAAACACUUUUUGUCCCGCUGCAUUCAGAUAUCAGGGGUUAUUUAAACACAUCUCAUAUUUUUUUUUAAAUGUAUAUAGAACCUAUUUGUGAAUUUUAGUUAAUUGUAAGCAUCCAUAAAAAGUCUGAUUUGACCGGUUUUCUGUGAAUCGGGACUUAGAGUAGAGGUGAAAGCUGCUUUUAAUCACGUUUCACAGAAAACGUAUUGUUGGUACAUUAUGUUGUUCACUGUAACAAAGAUGCUGUGUAUAAUGAUUGGUGCAUGUAUAGUUCACCAAAAUGAUUAUUUACACAAUGUUAAAGCCAUAAAAAUGUAGUUCUGCACUAAGUAUAAAACUGUAAAUGGAUUCACAUAAAAUGUUAAAGCAAAAGGUUACAGAACAUUUUGGCUUACAGCAGGAAGUCUGACACCAUAAGAAACCUCAUUUUUGCAUAUUCUGAAGCAUACAGUCAAACAAAUACGUUUACGUAUUUUUUAAACCCUUAUUAAUAUAAUUUGUCCUACUUUAGACAAACUAAAUAACUAUAAUGUUGCCCCUGUCAGUUGGGUAGUUAAGGGUUUUUUGUUACAAUUUUCUAAAAGUUUGUAUUUGUUCAUUUUGGCAAGUUAGCACUAUUUUUCAAUUUUGCCAGAUUAGCAAUUAGCACUUGGUGUUUGAAAUGUGCCCCUAACAUGUAAACCCCACCCUCACUGGAUGACUGAUACUGAAGAAAAGUAAAAGAAACUGAAUGAUUCCCCGGCAAGUCCUGCAGUUAUGAAGAUGGUCUUUGAUUCUGAUGGGAUUCCUGAGAGGGAUUUUUGGACUUGGGAUUUAUUUAUUUGCAAGAGAUGCAAGUCACGACAAAUGUAAACGGUCUAAUAUAUAUUUUGUGAUUUUCUGAGACCUAUUUUCCCACCAGUGAAAGUUGUGUUUUUGGACUCUGCAGCCUUCAUAAACCUAUGCAAAAAGAUCCACCCGGUCUGCCCCUCUGAAAUGUAAAGACUCCUCUCCAGCUCGUAGCCAAUGGGAGGCAGCAUUCAAUGAAUGUUGAGUGCUGAUGAUAUAAUGCUUACAUGACAGUAUAUAGAUGUCUUUUUGUGUUUCAAGGCACUAACAUUGCAUAAACAUCUCGACUUCCCUCAGCAUUACUCUGAAUUCAAAGCACUUUAUGACGCCUGCAGACACUCUAAAGGGGAAGGUUGCGUCCUUUGGUUCUUCUAAUCUCCCUUCAUUCAUUUAAAAAUGUUUACAUUGUAUGUUCGUUCAUCCACAUAUUUGAGAAAUAAAUGAUGGACUACAUCAACAAACAGCCCUGCUGUUUGAACACUCACUUUAACAGCAA